AUGUGUGCAAUGUUUAAAUUAGCACUUGUGAUGUGUGUUUUUGUGACAGCACACGGCUUCAAUUUGGGCCCUACUCAAAUAGUGUUCCAUUUAUUUACAAGGCAAAAUCCUACACAAAGUGAACCGCUACUUCCUACACAGGCGUCAAUCUUGGCAUCAACGUUCGACUACGAUCGGCGCACUGUCAUAACAAUCCACAGUUAUAAAGAUAGCGUUGCUGGAAACUUCAAUGCUCAUCUCGUUCCUGCGUAUCUGGCCGUGGAAGACUUAAACGUGCUCGCCGUUGACUGGACGCCUGGUGCAAGCAACUACGUCCAAGGCCUCUCCAACGUGCCCCAAGUGGGCGCAGUUAUCGCACAGUUCGUGAAUCUCCUGGCCGACUUCGGUUACAACACCGCUAACAUCCGCAUCGUUGGCGUUGGUCUCGGCGGUCACGCUGCCGGUGUCGCCGCCAGGAGGACUACUGGAACUAUACCUCAUAUUAUUGCUCUCGAUCCCUCUUUGCACGGCUGGACUUACAGCGAACACAAGCUGACCAAAAAUGACGCUCAGCUUGUAGAAGUCAUCCACACCACCGCUGGUCAUUACGGCUAUGACGAGCCUCUUGGUGACAUUGACUUCUAUCCCAACGGUGGUUCCUGGCAAACCGGCUGUGGUGGCGUUGUUUCCUGCUCUCAUACCUACGCCUUCGUGUUUUAUGCAGAGUCACUUCGCGCGGAAAUUCCUAGUGCUAAUGCACCGAGAUUUAUUGGUACUGCGUGCAACUCUUUGGAAGAGGCUACUAGUUUGGUUUGUGAUGGUGCACGCGAUGCCGUCUUUGGAGGAAAUCUAGAAAAAUCUAAUGUAAGCGGAAUCUACUCGUUCGUUACUAACAUCACACCACCAUUUGCCAGAGACUAAAUGAAGAGGAUAUCUAUUUUAAAAAGUUAAUUCUUUUAUUGAACCAA